GGGUUUGGGUUUGGGUUUGGGCGGAGAAAGCAGAGAGAUGGAAGAAUCAGGUUCAGAAGGAGGAAGGCGAAGGGGAACUCCAACAACAACAUACUGCGUCACUGGUGCCACAGGCUUCAUCGCCUCUUCCUUGGUUAACCUUCUUCUUCAAAGUGGGUAUAACGUCCAUGCCACUCUUCGACACCCAGCAAAGUCUUUAAAGCUAUUGUCUUUAUGGAUGAACACGGACCGUUUGCAACUGUUCAAAGCCGAUCUACGAGAAGAAGGAAGCUUUGAUGAAGCUGUAAAAGGGUGUGAUGGUGUAUUUCAUGUUGCUGCUUCCAUGACUUUCAAUGUUGAUCAACAGGACAAUAUUGAGGAAUAUGUCCAAACAAAUGUGAUCAACCCGGAAAUUAAGGGGACCCUCAACGUGCUUAAGUCAUGCAUGAAAUCUAGAUCAGUGAAGCGAGUCGUUCUCACGUCGACGAUUAGUACUCUCACUGGUAAAGAUGUAGAUGGAAAACGAAGGUGUUUCGUUGAUGAAUCAUGUCAAACUUUUGUAGAUCAAGUUUGGAAGAACAAACCAAGUGGCUGGGUGUAUGCACUUUCAAAGCGUCUAAGUGAGGAUGCAGCAUUUAAAUUUGCAUCUGAAAAUGACAUUGAUAUCGUUUCAGUAAUUACAAGCACAGUUUCUGGUCCAUUCCUUACUUCCAAUGUCCCAUCAAGCGUUCAAGUUCUCAUGGCGCCAAUAACAAGAGAUCCCAACUUUCUUAAGAUUAUAUCGACGGUGAACGAAAGAAUAGGAUCAGUUGCAGUGGUUCACACCAGCGAUAUAUGUAGAGCUCACAUCUUCCUAAUGGAGAACACAAAGGCCAAAGGACGAUAUCUAUGUUGUGUCGGAAGCUAUACAUUGUCAGAGUUGACAGAACGACUAUCACGACACUGUCAUGUGAAGUUGGAAAGAUGUGUUGAUGAGAAGCAAAAUUGGAUGCGUUCUGAGGUUGGAAACAAGAAAUUGAAAGAUUUGGGGUUUGAGUUGGAGCAUGGAAUAGAUGAUAUAAUAAAGGACACAAUUAGUGCUUGUGUUGAAUGUGGCUUUAUAUCUCUUACUUAGAAUGAAUUUGGG